UAUAAAAGACUAUGAACCACGUGACUUCCAUUUUCUGGAUCGCCAUCGUCUAUUAUUGAAAAUCUGUUUUCUUGAUAAAACCGUUAACGACUAUCACAACGCUAUAAUGCAAACCGUAGUAUAUAUGACCAUGAUAAAAGUGAAACCAAUAUAGGGAAAAGUCAUAUAUCUACUCAUCUAGUGAUAAGAAUGAUGAGAACAAGAAUAAUAGCAACGAAAUCAAAAGCUGGCUCUUUUGAGUGAUGUUAAGGUAACGGCGGCGCCUAACGGUGACAUGGCUGCUUCUAUAUCAAACGAAUCGUACCGGAGAAACAGCUCCACCACCAUCAGCCUCGACACCAGCAUCACAAAAUCCUUUCCGGCGCACUGCUUGUCGUUGACCGUCGGACUCUCCGUUUCCCUUCCGUUUGACCACAGCACGUGCUUCAGCAGCUCCUUCCCCCCUUCGCUGACGAAUCUGUCCGGAACAAACUCCUGGGCCCGCUCGAAUAUCUUCGGGUCCUUGGUCGCGAACGGUUGGAACCCGAAUAGCAUUUCGCCCGCUUUCACCUCGAACCGGGCGUCGUGCGACUCGAUCACUAUGUCGCGUUUGGCUCUCCCGUAUUGCGUCGGCACCGGCGGCUCGAUCCGGAAACACUCGUAAACCACCGAUUUCAUCAGCUCCAUCUUCUCCAUCCCCGCCAUCGUCACUCUCCCGCCGUUCGAUUUCACGACCGUGCGGAUUUCCCGGGCUAAUUGCGUGUGCAGCUUCACGCCGGCGCGUCCGAUCCACUUCAUCAUGUUCGGGAAGAAAAUCUUCAUCCCGCCGAAGGAGUUGAAGCACGUGGCGAAUACGAGGUUGUGGCAGGCCUCCUCCCGAGACACGCCCAGCUUCUCGCCGUGGUCGAGAAUGGCGGUGGAGUUUUGGUAGAAGAAGUCGUAGAGCUUCUGGUAAUCUUUCUUAACCAGAGCAGGGGGUAGCCGGAAAGUAUGGAUGAGGGGUUCUUCUACCUGCUUCGGGAGCCCGAGGCUGAGGACGGGAUGGAGAUUGAACAGUACCCAUUUUCCGAUGAGCUUCGGGGCGUCCAACCCGAGCUUCGUCGCGGCUGGAUCGACCCCGUAGAGUGCACGGGACAAGAAAUUGAAUGCCGCCUGAUCGUUGGCUGCAUUCAAGCCGACCUUUCCGUUAUCCGCGACUUCUUUCUCCAGAGCAUCAAACAUCUCCGAGUAGCUGUUGUGAAACUCCGGCAUGAUCUUAUCGCGGCGGUGGGCGAGGAGGAAGAACAUGAGGUUCUUCAGACUAGCAUGGUUGGGCUCCGAUGGGUCAAUGUAGGAGAGAAUCCGGUAACCGCCGGUGAGUUCAGUCGACGGCAUGUAAGUCCCGGUGAAGACGUCCCUCUUUUCGACGACGGAGACGUCGAAGAGCGUUGGAAAGCUCUUUCCGUCCAGCAGACAGACGACUUUCGGAUCGGAGGAGAUGAAGGGGCCAGGUGGCAUGUUGACCCUGAAGACCGUUGACUGGUACUUCUGAAUUCUUUGCCGGAAAAACUCCUCUCUCCCCUGGUUAUAAAAGUAAUCCAGCCGGUCCUUCAUCGGCCCGACGACAGGGAGGCCAUAAUCUCCGGGUAUUUUCCUAAACGGCAGUUUGGAAGAAGGUGGCUGGCUCUGCGGCGGCAGCGGAACAGACACCGACGGCGGGUUAUCUGAAACAGAGACGCUGACGACAUGGGAUCUGAAACGGCGUUUGGGGGAGGAUUUCUGAAACGGAAGUUGGAAUUGGAGAGAGUGGGAAGCAAGUGAAGAAGCCAUAAGUCUCUGUUUCAGAAAGAGAUAAUAAUAAAUUAGAGAGGAGUAUUUAAUGGCGGGCGUAGACGAUAUCUUCAAAGAAGGCUGGAACAGAGGAUAUUCGUGUGGAGAAGGCUGUUGUUGAGAAUAU